AUGAAGGUGUCAACCUUUCCUCGGAAUCUCAUGGUUGAUAACUAUCCAAAAGUGUGUGACCGAGUUUCUCUUCACUACUCUGUGUUAUCAGAAAUUACAGAGAAAUUUCAGACAAUGGCAUGUCUCCAGACUCUGCAGUCCACCAUGAAGUGCUACAACAUGGCAUUUAAAACUGAAAUACUAUUGGAUAUCUACUCGAGCCUGUUAAGUGAUCAAUCCAUGAUCUUGGCCAUGAACUCCAGUUUUGUUGAUCCUUCAUCACAGUUUGACUCGCAGUUGAGGAUAAUAAAGGUGUCUUUCAAAACGGUAUUUUCCAUGCCAAAUCUUAGCAUAAUGAAAGCAAUGAGGGACAGCUCUGAGGACAUCGAGGACCUGGAGAAUUUAUACGAAAAUAUUUUCAACAUAUAUGAAGACACGCUUCUUAUUUUAGUGUCUAAAGACUUCUACAAGAUACAAAUCUUAAAGGAAAUGAUCACCUGGAUGACUCAGAAUAAUCUGUAUCUGCAAGAACGAGCAAUGAUGGCCAUCAACAGGGUGUUGAUCUUUGCAUCCAAGAGAGCCAAGAAAUACCGAAGUGUCAAUGCUCCGUGCUUAGGUCUCCUGGCAGCAGAGAUCUCACUCUUGUGUUUCCAUAACGACCCCUUAAUCAUGCAGCAAGCAUUGGCCGCGAUGAACUACGUCUUCUACAUCGCCAUGUGUCAGAAUCCCAACAGUGUGAAAUACAGAGCCAUGAAGAUGGUUAACGAAGAAACCAGUAACUCCAAGAUGGUAAUGUCUGAUUUUGAAUUACUCAUCAAGUUCACACAAGAAGACAGAAACAAAAUUGCCCAGAAUGUGGGACAAAUAUUACUGCCCAACUUGCUGACUGACUUUGUGUGGAUUCUCCUGAAAAAACUCUCCUCUUCUGACAAUCAAACAGCGGUUGAGGCUGCAUCCUUACUGAAGCUGACUUUGCAGUAUCAUGCCCAGAAGAUCAACUCGAUGUCUAAAAUUGUGGAUGACAUUUAUGAGAAGCUCUGUGUGAAUUCGUCCCACAGAAUGAAGGACGCCAUGCUGCAGGUCAUCACUCUGUUGACGCGUGCUUCCCCUAAGAAGGUUAUCUUUCAGCUCUUGGAAUUCCCAGUCCCUGCAGACAAAAUUCUGCUACUGAUGUGGAAAGCAGCAAGUGUGGAGUCAAGUGUCGCACCUCAAGUGCUGAAGACAAUCUUGUCAAUAUUGAAAGGAAAACCUGGGGAAAUAGAAGAUGCCCUUGUAGAAAAAAGGCGCUUCUCCCUCAAUGCCACCAACAUGAUGCCUGUGGCGGCAUCUCAGGCCCUGUGCACAUUCCUACCUGUGGAUUCUUAUAGGAAAGUUGUGGCCAAGUUAUUCCCUGAGUUCCUGAUGGCCCUCUUGCUUCAGUUCUUCUACUGCAGUCAUCAUUUAAAGGACACAGCACACGACAGACCUCUCUACGUAAGAGAUGCCCUGAAGGCUCUCCUGAAUUGUUCUGGACUACAAGAAGUGAAUAAAGCUCUGGAGAAAAAGAAUUUCUGGGAUCAGUUUUCUCAAGUAAUGGAUCACCAGUAUGGGAUCAACCUCAUCGCAAAAACACUCAGUGAGUGCAACUUUCCACAGUUUCCAGAGACCCUGCAUUAUGUCUACAAGGUCGCGGUAGAAGGUCCUAGAAGGUCAGAAGACAGCAUUGUCACAAUAAUAUUCUUUGCUGAACUUCUAAACAACUUCUUCAAGAAAUCAUUACCAGAAGAAUUUUUGGUCCUCUUCAGAAAUUGGAUUAAUGAUUCCAAUCCUUCAGUUGGCAAAAUGAGUCUUCAGAAAAUUGCCAGCAUGGCACCAGUUUUCAGUGAAAUAGAAAGUGUCUGCAAGCUGUUAGUCCCAGUCCUGGAUGCGUUUCUUUCCAAGGAGCACACUGUUAUCAUCCGGGCCAUGCUUACGCUUCGUAAUAUUCUGACCAAACUGGAAAGGGCUACCUACUCCACAGUGUGUGUCAGGGUUGCGUCCAGCUACUGUCCUCUGAUGGAUCAUGCUAAUGGUGGCAUUCAGUGUAUGGCCAUCCGGCACUUUGGGGAGUUACUUCUGGAUAUGAGUCAAUACAAACAGAUGCUGAACCAUAUCGUCCUAGGAAGUCUUGUGCCACUGAUACUGUUUUUGGAGUCUAAGGAAGCAAGAAUUGUGAAUGCUUGCAGGUAUACACUAACUAUCUGUGUGACACAACUACAGUGGCCAACAGCAUAUCUGCUCAAAGAGGAAAAUUACAAUUUUGAGUCUGUGGUUCUUAACAUCUGUAACAACCUGCUUUCUUCUUAUGAGAAUUACAUCACAAACUUAAUAUCUGAUACCUUGGGAUUCCUGGGAAGCUCCCGAGCCUUUCUUAAGAAAGGAGCCAUUGUAUUAGUGGGGUACUUGGGGAAAUCGGGAGCACAUUUGCUACUCAGAGAGGAAAUAGACAUCAUGAUUGAGGUUAUUGAUCGAGUGGCCCGGGAUGAAGACCCUGUGAUCAAAGUGUUGGCAGAAAAAACCCGUAACCUUUUUAAGCAAAUAGCCUAUCAAAUGGCAUCUUCAACCAUUAAACAAGCCUUCCGAAAAUGGAUGAAGAUGGUCCAUCCCAAAAAAUUGAACUUCAUUUAUAACUUGGCUACAGAGAGUAUCCUUGAAGAAAGCAAAGACAGCAGCACAGAAGACUCUGAAGAAAAGAACCCCGGAGAAAUAAUGGAAAACUUAAAUGAGGAAGACUCUGAUAUGUUUCUUAAAAUAAACGAGAUGCCUCUUGUCUCCUCAUAA